GAAACAACGUCGGUGGGACAGAGAGAGAGAAAGAGGAAGAGCUUGAGGGUGAGGGAGAGAGGGGGGCAGAGAACGAGAUGGAAACCUGAGGAAGAGAGACUCUGAAAGUCCGAGGGGGGAAAAGAUCUGGGACAGAAACAGAAAGACUGAAGGGAAAGUCCUGGACGAAGGGGGGGGAGAGAAUGAGUGAGAGAGAGACUGGAGGAGACCGAUUAGAGACAAGGUGAGGCUGGAGGCUGAGACGCUCUGAAAGAAGGAAGAGUGACCAGAAGAGAGAAGAAACAAAAAGCAAAAAAGGUGUGAGUGAGCAGGUGAGAAGGGAGACAGGUCUGAGAGGUAACCCCACCCCCCCCUGCCAGCCAGAAAAGGAGGGACACCGCAGCUGGGGGCCCCAGCACUCACACGGCCUUCUUGCCCCGUCCUUGGGACCCCAGAGCUGCCCUUGAUGGAGGAGGGCAGACCUCGGAGCAGCCUCAGCCUGGCCAGCAGCGCUUCCACCAUCUCCUCGCUGGGCAGCCUGAGCACCAAGAAGCCUCCCCGGGCAGUAAGCAAGGUGCAUGCCUUUGGGAAAAGAGGCAAUGCUCUCCGAAGAGAUCCCAACCUCCCAGUGCACAUCCGAGGCUGGCUUCAUAAGCAGGACAGCUCCGGGCUCCGGCUCUGGAAACGCCGCUGGUUCGUCCUCUCCGGCCACUGCCUCUUCUAUUACAAGGACAGCCGCGAGGAGAGCGUCCUGGGCAGCGUCCUGCUCCCUAGCUACAGCAUCAGGCCUGAUGGGCCAGGAGCUCCCCGAGGGCGGCGAUUCACUUUCACCGCUGAGCACCCAGGCAUGAGGACCUAUGUUCUGGCCGCGGACACUCUGGAGGACCUGCGAGGCUGGCUGAAGGCGCUGGGCCGGGCCUCAAGAGCGGAGGGGGACGACUUUGGUCGGCCCAGGUCACCCCCACGUCCCCAGCCUGGAGAGGGCCCUGGCGGCCCUGGUGGCCCCCCAGAGGUGAGCAGAGGGGAAGAGAGACACGGCUUAGAGUCACCAGAGGUGGCUCGGCUCUCCAGACUUCGUGGACGACCUGGGCUGCCCACUCCCAGCCCCACAGCCGACCUUCAAUCUGGACCUCGGAUCCGGAGGACCAGGAGCCCAGACCUAUUCACACCCCUCUCUCGCCCUCCCUCCCCUCUGAGCCUUCCCCGGCCCCGUUCUGCUCCUGUGCGCAGACCCCCUCCAUCCUCUGGUGACAUAGCACCUCUUGCUAGACCCCAUACCCCUCUGAGUCGCAUCGAUGUCCGGCCUCUCCUGGAUUGGGGCCCUCAGCGCCAGACACUCUCCAGGCCCCCAACUCCCCGGCGAGGACCCUCCUCUGAGUCUGGGGGAGGAAGGCCCCCCAGGAGUCCCCAGCACUGGAGUCAGGAGGCCAGAACACAGGCCCCCUCUGGCUCCUCCACAUAUCUCCAACUACCCCCGAGAGCUCCCGGGACACGGGCUUCCAUGGUUUUAUUGCCGGGUCCCCCGCUGGAUUCAACUUUUCACCAUAGCUUGGAGACAGAUACUCUGUUGACCAAAUUGUGUGGGCAGGACCGGCUCCUGAGGAUGCUGCGGGAGGAGAUAGACCAGAGGCAGGAGGAGAAGGAGCAGCUGGAAGCAGCCUUGGAGCUGACCAGGCAGCAACUGGGCCAAACAGCCAGAGAGGCAGGGGCUCCAGGGAGGGCGUGGGGGCGCCAGCGCCUCCUGCAGGACCGGCUGGUCAGUGUAAGGGCUACUCUCUGUCACCUGACUCAGGAGCGGGAGCGCGUUUGGGACGCAUACAGCAGCUUGGAACAGGAGCUGGGCACCUUGAGGGAGACCCUGGAGUACCUGCUGCACCUUGGUUCCCCCCAGGACAGAGCAUCAGCUCAGCAACAGCUAUGGAUGGUGGAAGACACGCUGGCAGGUCUGGGGGGCCCCCAGAAGCCACCCCCCAACACAGAACCUGACUCUCCCUCCCCUGCGCUCCAAGCGGAGGAGUCAUCAGAGAGGGAGAGCCUGCCUGAGUCAUUGGAACUGAGCUCAACCCGGUUGCCUGAGGCUGACUGGGGGCGGCCCCCUGGGGGCAACAGAGACCUCUCCAGCCCUCGCUCAGGUCUUGGAUCACCGAGGGUCUCCCGGGCUUCCAGCCCCGAGAGUCGCCGCCCGGCUUCCCCACAGGCAGGAACCAAGGCUCCCCUUGCCCGGCCUCGGAUGAGCGCUCAGGAGCAGAUGGAGAGAAUACGCCGAAACCAGGAGUUUGGACGGCCUCUCCCUCGCCCAGCCUCCCCCCGGCUUCUCGCUCUGGGAAGGACGCUGUCCCCUGCCAGACGCCAGCCUGACACAGAACCAAGGCCAGUCCAGGGACACUCAGGAGCCCCCAAAUGGCUCAGAAGCUCUGGAUCCUGGAGCAGUCCCAGGAAUACCACCCCUUAUUUGCCGACAGCCGAAGGGCACCGGGAGAGAGUCCUCAGCCUCUCUCAAGCUCUGGCUACUGAGGCGUCGCAGUGGCACAGAAUGAUGACAGGUGGAAACUUGGACUCCCGAGGAGACCCUCUUCCCCCUGCGCCACCGCCUCCGUCAGACCCCAGCCCCCAGGUGACCUCGCCCCCCAGAUCUCCAGUGGCUAAUUCCCGCUCCGCGGGGUUGUCCCGCGGAGGUAGUGGGCGCGGCGCAGGCCCCGCCUCCUGGGAGCCCACUUGGGAAUCCGGGACCGCCCCUCCCGCCCUGACCCAAGAGGAGGGGGCGUGGCCUCUGCGAGUCACGCUGCUGCAGUCCAGCUUCUGACCCGCCGGCGCGCCGCAGCCAAUCGGAGUGUGAGGGCGUGGCCCGGAGGUACCGCCCCGCGAUCUGGAGCCACUCAGGGCGCCUGGAGGCGUGGCCCGGUCCCCUCGGUAGCCAGGAGAGGGAGAAGUUUCUAUGGCCAAAGUUUGGUUUUCCCAACGCUUGUCCAAAUUCGGAUUAAAACUUUGAACUUUUA